AGACUGCAUUGAUAUUGCCAGAAUCUGCUUUGUGACACACAAACUCCUUUUCUCCUGUUGGAUUUUUAUUACGCACCAGCACAAUGUGUAAAGGGCUCGCCGCCCUUCCAGCAACAUGCUUGAAAAGCGCCAAAGAUAUAAAGCACAAGAUCGGAUUUCUGCUUCAAAAACCAGAUCCACCCCAAGAACAGAAGCCUUUGAAGGAGAAACCAAAGGCAACGACGAACAGAAUCUCUCCUGUUGAAACUGAGAAGUGGAAAUCAUCUUUCAACAAUCUGAUCAAAAAUGAAGUUGGUCGAAAGGCUUUUACGAUUUUCUUGCAGUCUGAGUACAGCCAGGAGAACAUUGAAUUCUGGGAGGCUUGUGAGGAGUUUAAAACGACAUCGGUGGACAAAAUGAACGCGAAAGCUAGAAAGAUAUAUGAGGAGUAUGUCGAAGCCGAUUCUCCAAAAGAGGUGAAUUUGGAUUCAGCCACCAGGGAAAACACUAGAAAGAAUCUGGAGAAAUGUGACGCGUCCUGUUUCGAUGAAGCGCAAAAUAAGAUCUUCACUCUCAUGGAAAAGGAUUCGUUCAGACGCUUCCUGAAAUCCAAACUGUUCAUGGAGAUGACCCAACCACCACUUGAAAACAACAAACCCUGUGGCUUAGAGAAGAGAGGAAAGCGACACAUUUCUGAGCAAACUCAAUGUGUGCCUAGUUACGCGUAAUCCAACCCAUCUUCUGCUAUAGAUGAACAAACUAUGUCACGACCUUCGCCAUAAUCUGACUUCCAUUCAUUUGGCUUUGGUUUGUAAAGCUUGUUCAUGUCUAAGAUGGAGUUUUGUGAUGGAGAUUAGCCUUCGUAGCAAUGACGCUAAACUGUUUGCAAUUGUGAUUGUAAAACAUUUUUCUUAUAGUGAAGAAUUGUCACACAAAAGCUAUUUCCCGGUUUUGUUAUUGAAGCGUGUACGAAGCGUGACGGUCAUCUUCCGAAAAGGGGCCGGCAAUGUUUUCAUUCAAAACAAGGAAAGUCCGUCAAAUUGGCUUUGGCAAAACAGCACACCAGUGAUGUGGUUUACAACUAAAUGACUGUUACAGAUUUAAGAGAAAAGACAAAUCAGAUUUGUAUUUAUUUGAGCUAUGGUGAGAAUAUAUAACAUCAGUAAUAUUUGACUUACUUUGCUCUUGAAAUUGUGUAAUGCAUUUAUUCAUGUAUUUUUGUGUACGGUAUAAGCUCUCGCUUUCUCUGAUCCAUACAGGUGAUGUAGAUUCUUUGUUCUUCUUAACUGUGAACUUUCAGGCAUUUUUCCUAUUGGCCACUGAAGUUAUACUUCGGAAAUAUGACAAGCUAUGUAUUACGAAAGACAAUGAAUGUGAUCAAUUUACAUGUGCAGCAAUGUGUUACAUGUCACUGCCAAUGAUUAAAGUUCUGUACUUUGGUGAAGAGAUGUCUUGACCUGAUCGCGUAUGUUUCCAUUAGAAUAAAUGGUCAAAUGUGAGUUGUUUACAUAUUUGUUUACCGGUGCCAUAUUUAUUUUGUCAUAUUUAUAAAUAAAAACAUUAUAACCUUCAA